AUGCUUAUGGAUCUGCCACCAAUAGUAUACAGAACCACCUCACCUGAUCUGCUACAUCUCCGAUUGGCCCUAGGAAGUCAUCUUGCACACUACCUACGAACCAAACUCGAGGAAGAGAAGGGGUACACGGCCACUGUAGGCAUUUCUACUAACAAACUCCUGGCAAAGCUCGUUGGCAACACAUAUAAGCCCAAUGCCCAAACUACAUUGAUCCCACGGUAUACCUGUGACGGAGACGAUGAGAGUGUCGACAAUGUAACUGCUUUUAUCGAUGACCACGAAGUUGGCAAGAUACCCGGCAUAGGGUUCAAAACAGCACAGAAACUUCGUGCUCACGUACUACAAAGGCCAGCGGACUUUGAUGCUGGGCUUGUGUACGGUGGUACCAAAGAAGUAGUUCUCGUACGCGAUGUAAGAAAGUAUCCCGGCAUCGGUCCAGAGAAGCUCGAGCGAAUACUCGGCGGUCCGGGUGUACCGCAUGGUACGGGAACCAAAGUAUGGGGUCUACUAAACGGAUGUGACGAUACAGAAGUCGGCCAGGCUCGCGAGAUUCCUCGGCAGAUUAGUAUCGAGGAUAGUUACAUGCGCUUGGAUACUUUGGAAGCGGUGAUCAAGGAGCUGCGGAUGCUCGCAAGGAGAUUGCUUGAGCGGAUGCACGCAGACCUAGUAGAAGAAGAUGAUGAUGUCAACGAUCAACAUACAGGGUCUGAAACCUCACAACCCAUGAAGCGCUGGCUUGCUCACCCCAAGACAAUCCGCUUAUCAACCCGGCCGCGCCCGCCUCAGAAUCCGGAUGGUAGCCGUAAUAGGUCCUUUGCUCGGAUCUCCAAAUCUGCAUCCAUGCCCACAUUCGUGUUUAGCUUCAAGGAAGAUAUGGGUACGAUUGUUGAUAAGCUGAUCCACGAGACAUUACUCCCUUUGUUUCGCAAACUCCACCCGGAGAAACGAGGUUGGAAUCUAAGUCUGGUUAACGUCGCUGCGACGAACAUGGCAGAUGCGGCGAGUGAGAAGGGCGGCGUUGGGAGAGAUAUUGGCAAGAUGUUUAAAAGGCAGGAUGAGGUGCUUAGGCAGUGGAGGGUAGAAGAAGAAGAACCGGCUCAAAAUCAAGCUGAACAAGGAGAAUGGGCGAUGGAACAGCCUGUGAUGUUUGAGCAAAGGGUUUUGAUGAUGGAAGAGCCGGAUCAAACACAAGAAGACGAAUACAUGGCGGAGGAGCCUUGGCUGAAAGAACGGAAACGAGAACUUGCACAAGGGCAACAAGUUCUGGAAAGACAUGGCUCUGAGGAUAUCCCCACAUCGUCGCAAGGUGUAGAGUCCCUCGUUACCGAUGUCUGGGAAUCUGAGGAUGAAGAUGUGGUUGAUGAUGAUUCGUUCCGGUGCGAGGCUUGUGGAGCAAAAAUGCCAACCUUUGCCAUGGGUGCGCAUUAUCGCUGGCAUGCACAGAUGUAG